GCUUACGAUGCCUGUACCUUCUAAUGUCCAGAACCGCGGUAAAAGAUACCUCACUCAGAUAAUCCAAUGACUCCUCUCCGCAGAACCCCAAUACUGUCGCCGAUGCACGCGCAUGUGCACUACCAUCCACAGAAUGGAAGCUGCCCGGGUCUGAUCGACCAUCCCGCCGCGGCUGUCAGAAACUGGAAUCCAGAGGAUGUCCACGGGGUUAUUAUAUGGAAGACAUCCGGAGACCGAAGACAAACGAAGCGGCCGCAAGUGCGUGAUCGCGUCGCGUCUGCCGAGACACGCCAAUUAGCGAAGCGAGGGACCCAACGACGCUGGCGCAGAUAUCGCGUCGCGUCUCCAGCUUGCCUCCAGCUCCCAUCUUCCCCUGCUGCAUUUUGCUGCCAAGUCGCCCGCCGUCCGCGAGGUUCGUGUUUGAAUGGGGAAAGUCGCGUAUGUCGUCCUGGUGGGCACCAGGCCGGGGGUGUAUACCGAGUGGUGCGAUGUACACGAACACACGAUCGGGGUGCCUCGGUCACGGUACCAGGGCUUUGACGACUUUGCGAAAGCCGUUCGGUUCUACGAGAACGCACACAUGAGGGGUGCCACUAGGACGGUGGUUAUGCCACCGCGGUCACCACCGCUGCCGCCAGCCGACCAGCAACCUGAACGGCCCAGAAGAGAGCAGAACGAAGAGAGAAUACACCGCCCGCGCCAAGAUGGAGAUGGACAGGCGCCCGUGCCAAGAGCAAAAGCAACGUCAGGUGCAGCUGGAAAAGCGGCGCGAGACGCACAAAUCAGAGCGACGCUCGCGCAACUGAGAGGAGAAGACCAGCCGACGAGGAUGGGUCCCAGUGCAUCAAGUCCGAAUGUGAGUUCGGGCGAGAGAAGACGGCCCAAAGCGUCGCAGCAAGCGCUGGCAAGAGCAGCGACGGAGCCCGCACAAGGCUUCGAAGCACUCUCUCCAGCAACGCCUCGUCGCCCUGUCCAUCGCCCGGUUGCGCUGCCGUUGUCGCGCGCGCCUCCGCCCCCGCCCCGCUUACCGGUCAGGAGACAUGAGGCCCAGGGGGCAUUCAGCGGUCCGUCGACGUCGUCCUCGCCUCCGACGGAGGUAUCGCAAACCAAGAAUAGGUUUACGAACAGCCCCGGUAUCUCCACCCCAAGGCUCGCGCAAUCGCUCUCCUACGCAUCGCCCCAAGCGGGCUCGCCUGCAGGCCUACGCACCCCGUCGUCGCUCGCGUCCAGUGAUCAGCGUAGUCACCUUUCCUCGCCAUCGUCCUUCGGGACUCGAUACUUUCCCGAGGACUUUCCCGCACGUCUGUUGGCUGAGCUCGCUCGUAGCCCGGUGAAGGAGCCCAGCGAAGUGCGCGUAGAGCGGCAGAGCCUCGCCUUGUCCGAGUACGGUACAGCACCGAACACACCUGAAUUGGAAUACAUCGACCUCGAAUAUGUUGUCCAAGAUGAGGCUACUGAAGAUGCGCACGAACCCGCAGUGCCGAUUUCCAGCCCUGCUGCAAGCCCUGAACAGCGUAGAACAACUCUGAAGUGCUCCGUCAGCCCGCCGCGGGAUUGUACCGAGCCGAAGAUGCGCCCGAGCACGACGUUGCCUGCCGUGACGCAAGUCAACAGUUCCCCUGUCGCGACGUCGACCGCGCGACUUAGCGCCAUCUCGAACAGCGUGAACAGCACGACGCAACCCCCUGCGCAAUCGCAGCGAAGCCGCAAGACGAAGCCGGUAGCCAAGACCAAGUCUCUCAGCGACGCGCAGGUACAGACCGAGCCCCAACCGCCAGUCCGCCGUCGCAGGAACCAAGAAGCGGCGGUGCAAGCCGCGCCUCCGCCCCCGCCGAAGAUGCAGCGCCUUGACCACGGUGUGCAGAUAUCGCGCGCUGCAAGCCCGACGCCUGCAACGACGGGGGUCGGGGACAUCCCUGUUCGUGCUCCCAUCGGUGCGCCUGCGUGUGCGUGUGAGCAUCCCCAGUAUGCGUGCCUGCACUGCGGUCGCGCGCCACCUCAAACGCGCGCCGAACCGUCCGCCGUCGCCCGUGCAAGCUUGUCCCCGCUCCCGGACCCUUUCGGCUUGACUACGGCGUUGUCCCCUUCCGUCUUGACUACAGUCACGUCGCCGGCCCUGUCUGCGUCUUUUCCUCCAGAGUCUUCGUCCCCUGCUUCGUUCGCGACGCCAGCAUCUGCGAUCUCGAGUUCAGUCUCGAUUCGAUCCUCGCGGUCGCCUGUAGGAGGGCACACACCUCGUAUGGGCCCCAGCGAGGCACACGCACACCUCCGCUCGACCGCAGUGGGCAUCCAGCAAGGCCUAGACAUGAUGAGCUUUUCGGAGGCGACACGUGGGGCACACGACGUGGGCUUAGAUCCGCGCUCGCCCAUCCAAAGGGGUACCAGGAUCCCGAUCGGGUACGCUGUCCGUUCCUUUUGCUGCUGUACGCGCUCGGAAGACACUGUGCUGACGCCGGCUUUUACAGGACUUCUGGGUCUGCGAUGCGGCCGUCGCCUGCAUUCAUGCCAGUCCCGAUAGAUAGCGUCCUAUUCAGACCGUGAUCUGC